AUGGCGGUUUCUCUACCAAACUCGUUUCUUCAGAUUAAUCCAUGUCUUCCUUCUCUGGGUAUUAGAAAGCCGGUAAUGUCGGCGACGACUGGGGCGAAAGGAGGGAAAGUUCCGGCGAGAAGAAGCACGAAUCCGGUGGUUCAAAUAACUUGUAGGAAGAAGGAUUUACACCCUGAAUUUCACGAGGAUGCGAAGGUUUACUGUAACGGAGAGCUUGUGAUGACGACAGGAGGCACAAAGAAAGAGUACGUGGUUGAUGUUUGGUCAGGUAACCAUCCGUUUUACCUCGGGAAUCGAUCGGCUUUAAUGGUGGAUGCAGAUCAAGUUGAGAAGUUUCGUAAGAGAUUCGCUGGGCUUUCUGAGAUUAUGGAGAUUCCUGUUUUGAAAGGUGAGAUUGUGAUGCCUACUAAGAAAAGUAAAGGUCCAGGUUUGUUGAAUUUGUAUGUUACAUUUCUUCUUAAUGCAAUUUGA